AUGGCCCUCGCCGAAGAUGCAGCAACCGUGCUUGAGCAGUUCGUCCACGAUGUUGCAAAUCUCCCCGCCGAAAUAGUGCAUCUGUAUGAAGAGAUGCAGGCGAAGCAGCAGCUCAUACACCAAUCCCUGGCUUUGAUCAAUACCCGCGACAGCAGCAUGCAGAAAUUCAUCAAGCUCAACGGCGGGCUCGUCAAGAAUCCCAAGGAAGAGGCUUAUGAAACGGUCAUCAAGAACCACUAUGACCGCGCUCAACUGCUGCAAGAAGAGAAGAUCGGGCUGGCAGAGAAGGCCUUCGCCCUCCUUGAGAGACAUGUCAAGCGCCUAGACAUCAAGAUGCGUGAUCUGCAGAAUGAUGGUUCUAUGCCACUGGACCCAUCUCUUCCCUCUCUCCUGCGCGAAUCGUCAGGCAACCUCGUCCCUCCACUCUCCAACAGCAACACAGGCGUCAGCACGCCACUACACCCCCUCUCCCUAAAUGUUACAACAGGCGGUGCCGCCAACAUCGCCAACGCUGCCAUCGCCCGUCUCACCUCUGGCAACCGAGCCGCCUCUGCAGGCACACUGGGCAUGCAGCCACACCCCCUACUCAAUCACUCCACUCCAGCAGGCAGCGCUCGACAGCGCGAGCAGUCCGUUGCAAGCGACAGCGCCAACAAACGCCGGCGCCUGAACAUGUCUCUAGGGAACCUCCCGGCCACCUCAUCUAACCUAGCCCGGCAAUCAUCCUUGGGACCCGGCACGCCCAAAGCCUCAACGCCAGGGAGUCGACAGGGCAGUGCCGGACCAGCUGCGCGGCCCAGAAAGGCGGGGAAGAGGGUUGCGCCACAUGAAAAAGCCUCAGCUGCUGCGGAUGCCACGAGGAAGAAAGUCAGCAAGCACUCUAUCUCGAAGAAGUCCCGCCGCCGCAUCCUCAACUCUUCGAAAGCUUCCCCAACACCCACGACGACUACGGCUGGGGAUGAGGACUCCCUUAUCAGCGAGACUGCUGGUACUGAUGACGAGGAUGCCAACGUGUCGGCUGCGGAUGGAGUGGAGGGCGAUGAAGGGGAAGAGGAGUCUGACGACACGAAGUAUUGUUUCUGCCAGAGCGUGAGCUACGGGGACAUGGUGGCUUGCGACAAUGAUGACUGCGAGUAUCAGUGGUUUCAUUGGGGUUGCGUGGGGAUCCAGAGUGAGCCGAUGGGCGAUUGGCUCUGUCCGGCUUGUAGGAAGUUGCCGAGAAGCCAGAUCAAGAAGAGCAAGUAG